AUGGAGGGGGUGAUGCUCAGCAUGCAGAAGGACGGUUGGAGAAUUGGAGCUGUGGUUACUGAUAAUGCGGGACAGUGCGGUCGAGCUCGGAGAAUAUUGAGCAUCCGUUGGCCUAACAUUGCUUUCGUAAUUUGUUUUGCGCACGAUUUGAAUAAUCUGGUGAAGGCCGUACUCAAGUCUGACUACGCCCAAGUCACCAAGCAGGCGUCGGAUGCUGUCAACGCCCUGAAUGUCUCGUCGGCCAAGUGGCUAGUCGAAGCCAACGUGUGUAUGAGAGAUACCUACGGCUACAAGCUACACUUGAAGCAGCUGUGCGAAACGAGAUGGAAUAGCAUGCACGGAUGCUUCGCGUGA